CAGUAAAAUGGCAGAAGCCAGAAUUUCAGUAGAUCAGAAGGAGUUCAUGUGUCCGGUGUGUCUGGAUCUCCUGAAGGAUCCAGUGGCCAUUCCCUGUGGACACAGUUACUGUAAGAGCUGUAUUACAGACUGCUGGGAUCAGGAGGAUCAGAUGAGAGUCUACAGCUGCCCUCAGUGCAGACAGACCUUCAGUCCAAGACCUGCUUUAGCUAGAAACACCAUCUUGGCUGAAAUGGUGGAGAAACUGAAGAAGACUAAACUUCAAAGUGCGGUUCCUGCUGGAGCUGGAGAUGUUCAGUGUGACGUCUGUACUGGAAGAAAACACAAAGCUGUCAAGUCCUGUCUGGUGUGUCUGAACUCUUACUGUCAGAAUCACCUCGAACAACAUGAGAGUUUGUUUAAAGGAAAGAGACACAAUCUGACUGAAGCCACUGGACGACUGCAGGAGAUGAUCUGCCAGAAACAUGAGAAGCUCCUCGAGGUUUUCUGUCGCACUGAUCAGAAAUGUAUAUGUGUGCUGUGUAUGGAUGAACAUAAAAACCACGACACUGUAUCAGCUGCAGCACAGAGGACAGAGAAACAGGUAUUUAACACUAAACACUGACACUUUGUCGUAUUU